CCGGUCUUUUCCAUUGUUUAUUUUCCUCAUUUGACGAUUCGUCAUCACAGUCACGGGAGCGGGACUUUCUUGCUGUUGCUCUUACGUGUAUACGUUAACAAAGUUGCCUUUCAAUAAUUUUUAAUGGAUAAUAUUGGGAUUUAUCAAUGGCGUUGCAAACUCUAAUGACGUAUUUGGUUCCACAUAAUUCAUUUAACCAUCAUUGAUAAAUGUUGAAAAUGGAGAUGGAAGACAAUCCAAAUAUUCCCAAGAAAUAUGAAGGAUACGUUUUGAAAAGAAGAAAAUGGCCACUGAAAGGAUGGCAUAAGAGAUUCUUUGUCCUGGAGAAAGGAUUCAUGAAAUAUGCCAAGUCUCCUCAUGAUAUUGUCAAAGGCAAACUGCAUGGGAUUCUCGAUGUUGGAUUGAGUGUCAUGUCAACACAGAAGAAAUCAUGCAGAAUAGACUUAGAUGCCGAAGACACUAUAUUUCAUUUGAAAAUCAAAUCUCAAGCCACAUUCCAACAAUGGGUGACGGAGAUCAGAAGUCACAGAGAAUACAGACAAGCAGAAAUGAAAAACGAUACAACUCUGAUCGGAAGUGAUGGUGUUGACAGUCAUGUGGCUUCACCUAUUCGAGAACCUUCAUCGGACUCAGAAAUUGUUUCGGAAUCUACAGUAGAAGAUGUCGCAACAGAUCUCAGGACUGUGCGAAACGAGAUUGAAAAACUCAGGAAAUUGUUACAAGGAAUUAAAAGUGGACCAGCAUGGAGUCCGAUGAAGCCUCCUGCAACAUUAAACAUGUCCACAAUGUCAAAAAAAGAAAGAAAAAUGUCUAAAAAAGCAUCAAAGAAACUACAGAAAGCUGGUAGCAUGCAUGCACCUGCUUCAACUCCUGAGUUAGCAAGUGAAGUGUUCAAGGCACCAUCAGCUCCUGUACUACCAAUCAGCGAUCAAUCCAAUCUCAGCAAAAGUAAUCCAGACAUUGCCUUAACAUCAACACAGUCAACUACAUCUGUAAACAGCAUUUCUUCAUCAGAUCAGAACAUAACUCCCCCGAGACCCCAAAAUUUGUCCAAAUCUACGCAUUCUACCCCGACCCACGGGACCCAAUCAGUACCUGUUAUCUCAUUCUCUGUCGGCGAUGACUCAAACAAUAAUUUAACACCAGAAGAUAGGUUUAAUAUGCAUGACCAGUUCUUGGAAAAUGCUGCCAAAGUUUGCAGCUCACUAGAUGCAAUGCUGGAAACGAUUUUGAAACAAGAACAAAAUCAACAGCAACAACAAAAUAAUCAAAUUGGCGGUAAUCUUAGAAAAGUAGUUACACAGUUAACAAAAGAAAAUAAAGAAAUGGGCAAAGAGAAUAAAGAUUUGAAAACCAAACUACAAAUGAUCUCACAGAUUUCGUCGCAAAUUGGACCAACAGCCGGUUCCACGCCUGUUACCAGUUUAAACCAUAGGAAAGGAGCUUUACAUCAAAAGAUAUUGAGCAACAUGUCAUUGGACAGUCAACUUUCCAUCUCUGAGACGAUGUCUGAUAUGUUCUAUGACGCUGAAGAAUAUUUACUUUCGGAUGCUGAGGAGAGCUCAACAGACGGAGAGAGUGAAAAUGAAGACGAUGAUGAUGCAGCCUCAACAGAUGCUGAAUUAUCAGAAGGAGAAAGUACUUCAUUACAAAGCAUUCCAAUAGAUCUCGAAGGAAUCACAGGGACAGGACGUCGUACGAAACUACCUUGCUAUCGACCAGAAGGAGGAGAUUUCAGUUUGUGGAAUAUUUUAAGAAAAAAUAUCGGGAAAGAUCUCAGUAGAGUUUCAAUGCCUGUCACAUUAAAUGAACCCUUGAAUGCCUUACAGUGCCUUUGCGAAGAAUUAGAAUAUUCGGAUUUAUUAGACAAAGCUGUGCAAUGUGAAGAUCCGUAUGAAAGGAUGGUUCAUGUUGCUGCCUUUGCUGUAUCAGCAUAUGCAUCUACCCAUACAAGGGCUGGUCAAAAACCUUUCAAUCCAUUGCUCGGAGAAACAUAUGAAUGCUUAAGAGAAGAUAAGGAUUUCAAGUUUGUAGCAGAGCAAGUCAGUCAUCAUCCACCCAUCUCUGCCUGUCAUUGCAGUUCAGAGCAUUACGAGUUCUGGCAAGAUGCGAGAUGGAAAAACAAGUUCUGGGGUAAAUCAAUGGAGAUAUUGCCAAUGGGAUCAGUUCAUUUGAAAAUACCUAAGUUCAAUGAUGAAUACAAAUGGAACAAAGUCACUACAUGUGUCCACAACAUUAUGAGCGGCACAAGAUGGGUCGAACAUUAUGGAGAAAUGAUUAUCACAAAUAAAGAUAUAACUUGCAAGAUUGUUUUCAGUAAGAGUGGAUAUUGGAACAGUAAGAACGGUGAGAUUGCUGGCACAGUUACUGAUAGUUCUGGUGAAGCACAACAACAUAUGCAUGGGAGAUGGUUUGAGUCUAUAUAUACUGGGACUGGGAAUAAAGCAAAAUGCAUAUGGAGAAAAUCUGGAAUGCCAACAGAUUACGAUAGAUAUUAUGGAUUCACACAAUUUGCGAUGGAAUUGAAUGAGUUGGAAACAGCCGAUGUGAAUUUCCUGCCAAGGACUGAUACAAGGUUCAGACCUGAUCAAAGGUAUUUGGAGGAAGGAAACAUAGAUGGAGCAGAAAAGGAAAAGCAAAGAAUUGAGCAAAUGCAAAGAGAUAGAAAGAAACAAAGAGAUGAAAAUAAGGAAGAAUAUUCUCCAAAGUUUUUCAAGAAAGUGUCCAGUGAUUCAAAAGAUGAAUCGUGGGUUUACAACGGCGAAUACUGGAAAAGAAGAAAAGAGCCAGGAUUUGUGAAUUGCCCUGAUAUUUUGACAUUGUGGUGAAAACAGAAGUGUACCAGCAUAAGUAAUACCCAUCUGCCAUAUUUCACAUUGCAUUUUUCAAAUCAUCGUCCAUCAUUUGGCCAAUUUUCCUCCAUUGUUUGUUCAAUUCAUGCCAACCCUUGUCAUUGAUAUCGAUUCCAUCAGGUUUUAAUGAAAACAAUAAAUUAUCACUGUCCUGGUUUACACCAGCGGCCAUUUUGAGUCUAAAUAGGAACACCAAUAUACACCAGAGCAUAGAUAUAUGUUGAACUAUUUAACUUGGAGAGAUUUAUAUGUAAUCAGUACAUUUCACAACAUGCCCAAUGUGUACUUUUUCGGCACUUAUUUUUAUUUUGCUCUUUUAUUGCCUAGAACUUUACCACUCGGUGAUAUUUUCCUGUAUUUAUUUAGUACAUGUAGGCUCAUCAUGCUUAUGAGCUGGCUGGUAGGAAUGAUUUUUAUAUACCAGUAGAUCCCAAACGACUCGCGAUUUACCACGAUUUAUCUGUCCAUUUUUAUCUUAAAAUGUGUGAUGUGAUAACAAUUUAUCUAUCCAUUAAGUCUUUAUAUGUAUACUUUAGUACUUUAUCUUAAACAACAGAUAAGACUUUGCACUUUAUAUUGUUAAAUUAUGAUUUAUUACAUAAUAUCACUUAGAUUUUCAUCCCAGGUUCUAGUCACUAAUUCUAUUCAUCCCAUCCUUUGUCAAAUCUCAAUAAAACUUAUCUAUUGUCCAAAAUUGAAUUUUCGACUUUAUCUAUUUUACUUUAUCAAAAUUUGUAUUUAUCUUUGAUAAGGACUCUCCUGAUAUUGAUAAAAUGUGUUCAAUUUAAUUCCUGAUCAAGCAUAGACACUCCUUGAUAUUUAUUCAUUGCCCAAUAACCUAACACUAACUCAUUUCAUGUGAUUUAUGAACAUACACAAAAUCCGCCGCUCCAGAAGUGUGUGUACCAAUAUGGAGGUAACAAAUUUUGUUUGCCUACUUUAAAUCAAGUUGUGUAAAGGGACUGAAACCCAUGAGCAGGGGCAUAUUCACUUGGCUAACACAGGCAGUCCCCGAACUUGUAAUAGAACGAAAAUAAGGAAAAUCAGAAUAAAAUUAUGGCCUAACCGUAACCUGGUACACACCCUACGCAAAAGCCUACCAUGUUCCUCUCUCACUCUUUCAUGUGCUACUUUAUUUUAUUCCCUUUUUUGUUAUUCUAGAUAAUCUUUUACUGGUCUGGUGAUCUUUUUCCUCCAUGCAUGAUUGAACAUCAUUAUGACAUCAUCCCUCUUAUGACACAUCAAAAAAUUACUUGCCUUCAUGAUCAUGAUUCAUCAAAAAAAUGAACUUGAAGUCGGUACAUUGUUAAAUUUCCACUGAAUUUACAAAUUAUUGCCAAAAUGAUGAAAGUGUUAUAGGAAUUAUUCUUUAAACAUAUAAUCAGACUGAUAUUCAAGAAAUAUUCAUAACAAUUCGUUUUAGUUUCAUUUUUAUGUGUUACUUAUACUUAUUCUGUUUGUUCAUAGGCUGCAAGCUGCAAGUCAUUCUAAUUCACUUUUAGUCCCACUCAAUUCCUAAGGAAGUUGUUAUAAGAUAAUUUCAAGAUACAGCAUUAUCUUAUCUUAAUCACAGAUAAGUACUUGGCGUUUUGUAUUGUUAAAUUAUGAUUUAUCAUUAUACAGACACUAGACACUGAUAUGAGGCACUAUUUGUCUCAGAUUUUUAUCCCAGAUGCUUUUGAGAUAAAACGUUAUCUAAUCACUAAUUCUAUCUGUAGAUAAUGCAAACCACAGUAGAUUUCCACCAUUGCAUUGUGGUUCCGUUCAAUUGCAUUGUGGUUCCGUUCAAUGACCACUUAUCCGCUAUCUUGAACUUUUGAUCUAAUAAUCAGACAAAAUGCCAGGGUAUCUAUAAAUGCCCUCGUAUCGAUUUGAACUGGUAACCAAACAAGGGGCCAAAGUUCAUCAUAAUAUGAUGAAGCCUCUUAUUGGCUUAUCUUUCCCUCUCUUAUAAAAAAUAAUCGGUACUCCUGUAGUAUGUGUACCAAGAUGGCGGACACAGAAACAUAGAAUGUGUAAAUAAGGUUAGGCCAUAAUUUCGCGCCAUCUCGGUUCACAUACUACGGAAGCAGAAAAUAAUCUUAGGCUUCCCCUCUACACAGGAACCCAUUUCCUCAAUAUUAUUUACACAAAUUGCACAACACUCCAUUCAAGUGAUAUCUGGCUAUGCAAGAAAUAUCUUUAUGAUGAAAUCACUCAGUAAAAGGAAAUUUUUUAGCAUUUUUUCACCCAUUAUUAGGACUUUACCUUUGAAAUUCAUAUUUAUGAUUCCCUUUGAAUUACAUUUUAAAAUAUGAUCUGAUGAAAUAUGUCGCCAAUGAAAAUUUCUGGGAUAAGAACAUUUUUUUUAGGUUUACAUCUCUAGAACUAUGAAAUUUCUCCCCUUGACUUAUGAAAAUCCAAAAUUUCAAAUAUAGGGUGUCCAUAAAGUUUCAAUUUUUUAAAAAUUGCAAAGGGAAUUUAUCGAUACCAUGUAUGAAAUGAAGUAAAAACACUUGAACAAUUACUGAUUAAAAAACAACAAACCUGGUUAAGAUAUAUUGAGAACUGACUUCAUAACAAAAUUGAAAUUGUAAAGUGACUUUAUGGACACCCUUUAUAUAUCCUCAGAUUCAAGGAUUUUGGAAUCACAACAUUGGCGCAUCCUAAUCUCACUCUACACAAAACACAACACUUACUACACAGCCCUGUAGUGUGAAUCAUCAUGCAUCAUCUUUCAAGUGAUCUUACACAUCAGCAUUUAGAAUUUGAUUGAUUUGUGUGACCCCGCCCAUUCUGUAGAUUAUUUUCAGUAAUCCCGAAAUAUGUGAACCAAGAUGGCGGACACCGGAACAUAGUAUGUGUACCAGGUUAGGCCAUAAUUUCAGGUACAAAUACCACGGAAGUCACUUGGCUAGUUCCAGAACUCGUAAUAGAACUAAAUGAAGGAAAAUUGAAAUAAAAUUAUGGCAAACCCCAACCUCUUAAACAUACUACAUUCCGGUGUCCGCCAUCUUGGUUCACAUACUUCGGGAAUACCGUUAUUUUUAAUUUGUACAUUAUUAAACAUCAAGCCCUGUGGACUCUUGGAAAAUGUCGAUGCCUUCACCAAACCUAGAGUAAAUCAUAUUGUGAUAACAAAAACAUUGAUUAAAGCGAGCCACCUUCAAAAGCCCAUUAAAACAAAAUUUAAUAGAACUAGAUGCUUUUUAGUUUUUAAAAAAAAAUUUUGAAUUUUAUUCUGUAAUAAAAAUGAAAUGAAAAUCCAACUUCAUUGAGAAAAUGCCACCACUAUAGAUAAUGCGAUAUAAAAGCUUUUUCAUUUGAGCAAUAUUUGUCAUCUAAUGUAAUAUGUACAUUUUCUUUGAUUUUCUGCAAUGAACUCUCGUUAAGGUUAGGCCAUAAUUUCAGGUACAAUUACUACGGGAGUCACUUGGCUAGUUCUCAAACUCGUAAUAUAACUAAAAUAAGGAAAAUUGGAAUGAAAUUAUGGCCUAACCGUAACCUGAUACACAUACUACGUUCCGGGGGUCUGCCAUCUUGGUUCACACACUUCGGGGGUACCCUCAAGUGUAUAAAUUGUUUACAUUUAACAAUUAGUAUUGGGGAGGAGUCCCUAAAUCCAGAGCCCUGAAAUUGAGUAAAUCAUUGAGUUAGGUCUCACUGGUGAUGAUUGUUGACAAGCCCAGGCUAUUCUAAUUAGAUGACAUGAGCUUUGAGUUUACUGCUAAAAAUAAUAAUUUGAGCUUUAAUUUUGAAACUACAAGCAAGCAUUGUCAAAAACUGCUAAACGCAAUUUUCAAAAUAUAAUUGGCUGCCAUGAAUAUUGGAUGCAAAUUCUUAUUUACUACAUAUGACUUGUGUAUCCAAAUGAUUCUUCAUAUUAUUCAAAAUUUCAAGGCCAAGUCAUUUCAUUACGAUGACCAGAGGCAUAGCUUUGCCCUGUCAAUGACUCAAUCCUUUUGAUGCUACCUUAUACAAGAUACUGGUAUCAUUCUUCAGCAACUAAUUUUGGUUUCAAACUAAAUUACCCAGAGAGAUAUAUGUGAAUCGUACUUUCUUAUAAUAUUAUUGUUUUUGUCACAUUGCUCCAAUAUUACUAACUUUUUAUUUUUUUUUGUUCAUAAUUAUUUCAUUUCUUAAUUUUCAAGCAAUGUUUGCCAAUUACGUAUCAAGCUACUACAAUAGUACCUUGAAGAAAUUAGUUAUUGGACUUUGUUUUUCACAAUGUUUGAUUCUAUGAUUAAGAGCAGAAAAAGUUGCUUAUGAAUUAAUUACCAAUGUUGUAUUUUUAUUCCCAUUAGUUCAUAGUAUGAUUAUCUAAUUCUCAGAUUUUCACUGUAAUAGCAUGUUAUUAGAUAGUCAUACUGGUUUUUCUCAAUGUGUAUAUAAAAAUGAAAAUCCUUGAAGUUUGCUCCAUUUGUGAUAAUGAUACACACUGAAUGAGACCCAUAUAGACGGUAUAGUCCAAGUAUCUGUAGCCUUACAUUUUUUAGCUAUCUUCAAACUUGGGCUUACUGCACCCGAUAAAUGAGCUUCUUUUCACACCUUCCCAUUAAGUAUAAAGAUUGUACUCAUUCUGCAUGUGGAAAUUGUGCGUCUGUGAACAUAAGUCCUGUAACCGAUUUCUUUUUGGUUGUAUCUUUUAAUUCUUUUUGAUUUUUCACAUCGUACAAAUAUAUUUAGGUUAAUUGUCAAUAUUAUUAGAUAGAGUGAUUUGAAUGAGCUAAAAUACAAUCAAUUUAUUAGCAAA